AUGUCAGUCUUUUACAAGUUUAAAUCCGCAAAGGAUUAUGAUACAAUCACAGUGGAAGGCAAUGGCAUUUCCUUGUCCAAAUUAAAACAGAGUAUUGCUACACAAAAGAAGUUACCUAAAACAAUGGACUAUGAUCUUGUCUUGGAAAACGCUCAAACUGGAGAAGUGUACAAGUAUGAUCAAGAUGUUGUACCAAAGAAUACUUCAGUGCUGGUUAAAAGAGUACCUGUAACAAGAAGUGUAGGAUCUGCUAAUAAUAAUCCUUCUGCAAAUUCCCAGCCUGCCAUCAUUCCUCCAUCUAAUAAUAAUUCAUCAUCACUCCUCUCUAAUAAUAAUAAUAAUACAAAUCAAAAGAGUUUAACAGGAAGCCUAUUUUCAAGAAAUACAUCGUCAAAUGAUAGCGGAGCAUCUUUUGCUUCUGUUUUUUCUGGAUCAAGUGGGAACGAGACAACAGAGGAAACAAUAGGAGAAGAACAAAAAUUGAGAGAUUUAGCAAAUAAUACAGGAAAAUGGAUUCCGGAUACACCAAGUCAACAACAGCAUCAUUCCCAAUCAAAACGUAUUCCUCCACCAAAUUAUAUUUGUCACAGAUGUAAAAAGACAGGACAUUACAUUCAACAUUGUCCAACUAAUGGCGAUGCUAGAUAUAAUAUUAAAACUAUUCGUAUUCCAGUUGGUAUUCCAAAGAGUUUUUUACAACCUAUUGAAGCACCAAAAGCCGAUUCAAAUAAUACAGUUGUAAUGCCUGGAGGAAAUUUAGCUGUUUUGGCACCAAAUGAAAAGGAAUUUUCAAAGAUUUUAGGUAAGAAGAAUGUGGAAAUUAGGGAAGUUCCAAAAGAAUUCCAAUGCUCAAUUUGUUCAAAGAUCUUAACUGAUGCUGUCACCAUUCCAUGCUGUAAAACAAAUUAUUGCAAUAAUUGCAUUACUCAUGCAUUAAUACAUGAUACUCAUUUAACUUGUCCAAAUUGUAAAUCUCCUGAUCAAUCUAUUGAUGCUCUAGCUCCAAAUUAUGAUCUAAGAAGGAGAGUUGACAAUUAUAAAGCAAAUUUGGAUUCAGGUGCUCCUCCUUCACUUCUCAGUACUGCAACAAGUCAAUUUAAUUCAUCAUCUAGUUACCAUAAUUCUAAUAACAACUCUAAUAAUUAUAAUAACAGUAAUAGUGCUAAAUCAUCUCCACCUAGUCAAAAUUACAAUAGCAAUAGUGGUGGAAGUAACAAUCACCGAUAUGAUAGUCAUGACAAUAAACAAGACAAUCGAUCUGGAUCUUACAAUAAUAGAAGUAAUAAUAGUUAUAGAAGAUCACCUCCAAGAAGAGAUUCCUAUGAUAACAGAAGAGGAGAUAAUUAUGAUAAUAGAAGAGGAGGCUACAAUGACAGAGGCAAUGAUAGAGGAGGUAGAAAUGAUCAUUCGUACGAUAAGUAUGAUAAGAGAGGUGAAAAGAGAGGAGGUUAUGAUAAUCGUCGUUCAGAUUAUGAAAGUGAUAGAAAAAAGUAUAAGGAUUAA